AUGACACAAUACGACAAGCUCAAGGUUGCUGAGCUCAAGGACCUCGUCAAAGAUCGCGGAAUCGCGUCUACGGGCCUGAAACUCAAGCAACACUACAUUGAUGCUCUUGUUGCCGACGAUGGCGUGAAGGAAGUUCGAGAUGGAGAAGAGGCUAUAGAAGGUAAGCCAGGAGAUGAGGAGGCUGCAGCGCCCGAUGAGGACGGAGAGCAGAGCAGAGCAGAGGAGAAAGCAGAGGACGUUGAGGCGACGGGUUCCGCUCAGGUCGAAGAGCCGCCUGCCGACGACUCGGAAAUGGUUAACAAGAGGAAGCGACGGAGUCCUACGCCGCCCGUGCGGGAAGACAGUAAUAGCAAGAAGUUGAAAGUCGCGGAUGAGAAGGAGGAUGUAAACAUGAAUCUGCCUGAGGAUGCGCCGGUGCCCUUGGGAGCAGAGAGUGAGGGAGACGCCGCGCAGAAGACAAUUGCGCCGUUCGCUAGCAGCGACGAUGUGAUGGAAGUGGACAAUGUGGAUGAGGGUGCUGGGGCGACUGCUCUUACCGAGGAUAGCAACCGGUCAGCACCGCAGUGGUCAUUACAAGUGGGCGAGGGAGAUCAGGCUAUGGCCGACGUAGAUCCUGAUGCACCACCUUCGAAGCAUCCGCCGACGCGCGCACUCUACAUACGCGAGCUUGUCCGACCGCUGCAACCCAACAACUUGCGCCAACAUUUACUCGACAUUGCUAAGGACACAUCAUCAACCUCGGCUUCAGCGAACAUCGAGGCAUUCCACCUGGACAAGCUUCGAUCUCAUGCGCUUGUUUUGUUUGAUUCAGUAUCUUCCGCAUCCAGAGUUCGUUCUGAACUACACACCAAGGUCUGGCCAGACGAGCCCAUGCGCAAGCCGCUAUGGGUGGACUACAUUCCGGAAGAAAAAGUCCAAGAGUGGAUCGAAACCGAGGUUUGUCGCGCGGACAUGACUCGCUGGGAGAUAGUGUACACCAACGAUGGCUCCAACACCGAGGACCCUGUUACGGCAAUGCUGCAGGAAGCCGAGAGUGGUGGCACCAAGGCAAGUGCCAUUGCUGGGCCUUCAAGACCUACUGCUGGCGAAGGCAUGCCGAAUGCCCCUGUUGGUCCUCGACGCGAGUCCAUGCAAGCUCGAUCGCAGCAUCGCCCAAGCGUGGAAGAGCCGCGACAACCCGAGAGCCGUCCAGAUCCCCUGAAUCAGUAUUUUCGGUCUACUGAUGCAAAGCCCAAGAUUUACUAUCUCCCGGUUCCUCAGGACCUGGCUGACAGGCGGCUCGACGAGUUUGAGAAGGGAACAAGACGAGAUUGGGAUGAUGCGUACGCAGACCCCUCGAAUUAUGCAGAGGGUGAACUGAGACGUUAUACCUUCGAAGAUGGCGACAGACUAGUCGACGGCGGGGCGGAUUUCGGCUUGUUUGGCAGACGUGGCAGAGGUGGUGGAUUCGGAGGUAGAGGUAGAGGCAGAGGUCGCGGUGGCGACUUCUACCGUGGCGGAAGAGGAGGGAUGAGAUAUUGA